AUGGGGAAGAUGGUGUUGCUGGUUUCUUUACACCGAUUCACUCACGAUCCAUCGGUAGCAUGGGAAAUGCUGAAGAUCAAACGACCGGUUCGAUCAGUACGUCAGAUGAAACUUGAUGCACCAAUCAAAUUGGAUCAUGUCCGUUUUGUAUGUAUUGCCUGUGUUCAUGGUAUGACACUCGACCCAACAUCGCUGCCACCCGGUGAUAUUCUGAUUGUUGCUGGGGAUUUUACUAGUUGUGGUUUGCCAGACGAGAUUAAAGCAUUCAAUGAAUUUUUAGGUCAAUUAAAGCAUUCGUUCAAAGUCGUUAUCGCUGGUAAUCAUGACUGUACUUUCGACGAAAAUUUCUUAAAAGCAUCAGAUAGUUUCAAAACACGUAGAGAAAAAAGGCUAGAAAAAGUACUCAACCUGUUUUUCUUCUUAGGAAAUGGAAGUGGUGCAUCUAAAGAAGUGGCUCUAAAACAUGCACUAAAUGCAGCGUUAUCAGCUGCCAAAGUUUCAAGUGUUAAGUCGCUAUUGACAAAUGCAGUUUAUCUACAGGACUCAAUGGUUGAAUUAUUCGGCCUAAAAAUUUAUGGUUCGCCUUGGCAACCAAGUGCCGAUAAUUGGGCAUUUAAUCUACCGCGUGGUCAACCUCUACUCGACAAAUGGAAUCAGAUACCGUCUGGUAUUGAUGUUCUUAUAACGCAUACACCGCCGCUAGGGCAUGGUGAUUUUGGCCGAGAAUAUAAUCGUUUUGGAUGCGUUGAACUGCUGAAUUCGGUGGUUCGUCGAAUUCGACCAAAGUAUCAUGUUUUUGGACACAUUCACAGCGGUUAUGGCUGUACAUCAGAUGGUUAUACAAAAUUUAUCAACUGCAGUUUGGUUGAUGAAAAUUUAGAGCUACAAAAGUCACCAAUAAUUUUUGAUAUUGCGGUUAAUCCAGAGGCCAAAGUUCAGUUCUUACAUAACAGCAAAAAAUUGAUGAAACGAUUAACGAAGAAAUAA